AUGCGCGUGCGGCUCCGUGGGGCAUGGUGCAUGCUCGCGUGUGCGCUUUCUGCGUGUGCGGCGCGGGAUAUGCGUGAUGUUGCAUUAUGGGGAAAUACCAACACGCCGUACGCAUCCCUUCCGAUCGGACUAGCGGACCUCGAGUUGUCGAAUAUUGUCCUAGCGACGUCUGUGGACGGCAGCCUGCACGGACUUGACCGUGCGAGCGGCGCGUCGCUUUGGUCGUUGCGCGCCCGAGUGUCAGAUAGCACGUUUCCGAUACUGCGGCCGCUUGUAGCGUCAUUUUUUGGCAAAGAGCAGCGUUCCCUGCAGCAGAUUGCCGCCGAAGCCAUCGCGAGCGGCGACCCUGCCAUGAUCAAAACACUGCAGACAAACGGGAUAUACAUUGUGGAGCCGUCUUCCGGGGGAGACAUGUACGUGUUGCGUGCCGCACAGGACCAAGGCAUACAGGUGCCAAAGCUGGAAAAGAUGCCUUUUUCGCUGCCCGACCUGGUCGAGCUCAGCCCUUUUUCGCUGCGCAGCGACGAUACGCGGAUCUUUGUCGCAGAGAAACAAACACAGCUUGUCGAGAUCAACUUGUUCACCGGAAAGAUUGCGGCCAUGUAUGACUCGCGCGAUGCACAGGUUGCGCACGAAGAAACGCCCAAAUACUCGUACAUGCACAAAAGUGACGCGGACGCAAUCGAAUCGCCCUGGGUCUAUAUAGGGCGCACAGACUAUACACUCACGGUUCAUGUACGAAAUGACCCGGAAGCGGUGCAGACGCUACGGUAUAGUGUGUAUGCACCGAACAAUGCGGAUCGCGAUGUUGCGGCAUUGUGGGAGAGCAAUCCACAGCACGAUAGCCGCGCGAUGCUUGCAUCGCCCGAGACGAACGCCAUCAUGUGCUUUGAUAUGCGUCUUGCCAAGAAUCCCAAGCGGGGUGCGCAGCCACUGCCGCCGCUCUUGUGGAAACAUGUGCUGAACUCCACCGCCGUGGACAUUUUCGACGUCGUCUUUGCACCGAUGGCCCAUGCUUCGUUGCUGCGUCCCAUGGUUGUACCGCACAGUGCACGCAUGCUUCCGGAAAUCAUUGCGCAGCAGGAAGGCGUGGGUGCGCCGAGCACCUACCUUGGCAGUGCAGGGAGCGGCGCACUGUACGCACUUGGCCGCGCGCGAUUUCCACUCGUGGAAACAACGGAUCACGCGGCGAUUACACAGCCUGGGCACGAGCCGCUGAUCACGUCGGACAGUUUGGCUGCGUUUGUAGGGGGAUACGACGUGUCGAACGUGCCAAAUCAUAUUGGCGUGCCUUUACUCGACACUGUCGGGCGUGGCAUGCCGAGAAUUGGGCCAGCAGAAACGCUCCCUUCGCUGCCUGCCAGCCCUGGAUUUUUUGCAUCCGGUCGUGCGCUUGUGCCUUCUGGGUAUAUCACGCUGCGGCUGCUUGGCGCGGCACUGCUUCUCUUUGUUCUUCUCCGCGGCUACCAAGUCAUUCAUGCAGGCAGAGCGCCGGUUGUGCUCAGCACAGAUGCACUUUUGUUUGAAGAGACCGCCUGGGACGACAAACGACACACACCAAAGCCGCGCAUUCCCACAAAGGUGCCGGAGAGCUCCGAAGAGGAAAGUGUGCAUGCGCCGGGAGAGGACGCUGCGAAGCGCCGCCGCCGUCGACGUGGGCGUCGCGCUGGAGCGACUGUAUCCGCACGAGGAAAUCGCGCCGAGACGCCCUCGGUGCCGGACCGAGGGAGCGACUCGUUUUUCUCCCAUGCGCCUAGCGUGGAGAAUACAGAGCUGCCUGCCAACACGCUGUUGAAUGCAAACGACAAUCCCACCUCGCUCCAACUCAGCAGCGAGGUGCUUGGGUACGGCUCGUCUGGCACGGUGGUUUUCCGGGGCGAGUUUCAAGGCCGUGCUGUUGCUGUGAAGCGCUUACUCCGUGAUUUUGUGCAGAUUGCGUCCAAGGAAGUGUCUUUGCUGCAGUCUGCCGAUAACCACCCCAACGUGAUAAGGCACUAUUGCCAAGAACUCACGCCGAAUUUUCUCUUUAUCGCCUUGGAGCAGUGCCCUGCGAGCAUCGCCGAUUUGGUCGAGCGCCCCGCCGAGUUUUCCGCACUCUCUCCGUUCCUCGAGCCGCGCGAUGCAUUUCUGCAGAUCACCGCCGGGCUGCAGCAUCUCCACUCACUCUCGAUUGUGCACCGCGAUAUCAAGCCGCAAAAUAUCCUAGUCCAGCAAAAACCAGGGAACAAACUACGCGUGCUCUUGUCGGACUUUGGUCUUUCGAAGCGCAUCGACGGUGCGGCACAGAACAGUUUUAGCCAGUCCAUGACACAGCCUGGCGGGACUGUUGGAUGGCGCGCGCCGGAAGUCUUGUUUGGCAGGCAUCCCUUGCUUACGAAUGAUGGAUCGAUGGGCGACGAAGCAGGGCGCUUGACACGCGCCGUCGACAUCUUUUCUUUGGGCUGUGUCGCAUUUUACCUGCUCACACAAGGAGGGCAUCCGUUCGGCACGCAGUACGAGCGCGAGAUCAACAUUCUGAAGCAGUGCUACGAUCUUGCUCCGCUGGGUGACACUUGCGACGAAGUGGCAGAAAUACAAGCGCUGAUUAAGAGCAUGAUUGAUCGCGAACCGGCUAACCGGCCACUGGCAGCCCACGUCGCCAUCCAUCCAUUUUUCUGGAGCGCACAGAAACGGCUUGCAUUUUUGCAGGACGUGAGCGAUCGUCUGGAAACGCUGGAGCGCGAGCCGCCGGCACCGGCACUUGCAUUGCUGGAGCUCAAUGCGGACAAGGUGAUUGGGUCCGACUGGCGCCGCGCGUUUGACAAGGCUUUCUUGGACGAUGUCGGCAGGUUUCGCAAGUACGACCAAGCGAGCAUCCAGGAUCUGUUGCGCGUAAUCCGGAACAAGAAGCACCACUUUCAGGAUAUGCCGCAGGCGCUACAAAAGCAGCUUGGGGAAAUCCCCGAUGGCUUCCUAUUUUAUUUCACCCGUCGAUUCCCAUUCUUGUUUCACCACGUAUAUGAAACCAUGCAACAGCUGCCCGUACUGCGAGGCGAGCCCGCGUUUCGGGACUACUUUGUGUCGGAUGCGUCAUAG